AUGUUCACGCAGAGAGAGAUGCUGUUGGAACACUAAAAAUUUGUGUCUGUCUUUGUAAUUCAACCAACAGGCUAUUAGAGUAGCAGUUGAACUGGCCAUGAAGAAUAACAAACAGCUAAUGGAGAUUGAAUUCCCCACAGCUGGACUUCAGUCUGUGCCAGGUGAUGGCGAAGGCGGAAUAGAGAUGACUGAGAGUAUGCAAUUGAUUCGAGAAUUUUGUGACCGCUUCAUUAGCCCAGAGAAAGCCUCACGAACAAGAAUAUUUUUUCCAGAGGCUAGCGAAGUUAAAUUUGCCAGACAAUCAGUCUUUGCUGGAGCUUCUUUUAAGUUGGACUAUCUGACAAAGCCAUCAUUUUUUCAAGAUUUUGGUUUAUUUGAGAAAGUGAAAAUGGCAGAUAGAGUGAAGCCAGCAGAUGAAGUUUUCUUGGUGGCUUAUCCGUAUUUUAAUGUCAAUGAAAUGCUUGUGGUGGAAGAACUUUACAAAGAGGCAGUCUUGAACACUGCAAGGAAACUGAUCAUUUUUAAUGGAGAACUCGAUCGUAUAAGAUCGGGGUAUUAUCCAUCAUUUUUCUAUCCAAAACUUGCUGCACUUAAUAAGACCCUCCUGCCUGUGAUGGAAACCGUGUAUUACAUUCAUAAUUUCAAGGGCCGCAAUGGAGGAACGCUCUUCAGGUGCUAUCCAGGACCCUGGAAGGUCCUCAGAAGCGUGGGGAAUAAAUUUAUGUGUGUACAUCAGCAGGAUGAUAUGCCAUCCCUUAAGGAAGUUGCUCUUGAAAUUCUUCCGUCAGCUUGAGAUUCCAGCAAUUGCAAGGCAUGGAUCCACAUCAAAAGUCAAAGAAAUAUGAAUGGCCUCAAUUGCAGCACAGUUUAUUGGGUCCCUUUUAACGGCACAAGCCUUAGCAACAAAGUAACCGCAAUACUAUUUAAAAUUGGUCCUCCUCUAUUUAUAGAAUAGGAAUGUGUGAUAAAUACCUUAAGUUAUCCCUUGUCUCAAUUUCUUAACUUUCUGGCCAAAAAAAAAAAAAAUCUUAACUACUAGAACGAUUCUGAUAUGGUCCUGAUGUUAAAUCCUUACUACACUCCUAGUCGUUUUUCCUA